AUGGGUGUUUUUAUCUGGCACCAGUGGGCUCAAAUCGUCGGAAUCUUUGCCUCUGUCUGCACCAUUUGGGGUGGACUCUGGGGCAUCUUCUUCCGCAAAUUCUUCUGGGACUUUGUCAACGGAACUCUUAUGCCGGGACCAAAUCACGCUAUCAACGGACGAAAAUGCUUUGACGACAACCCACCCGCCAAGCAAGAUGCCAUCUUCAUCUCCCUCAUUGUAAAGGCCCCCGUGAUUCAGCUCUUUGUGAUCCUGUUCGGCAUCACGCACCUGGCUAUCGAGCUCCUUCCGGUCAUUCGAAGAAUGUCCAUCUAUAGGAGUUUUGCCUUGAGAAUCGGCACAAGCGGGGCCAUGUACUCGUUUGUUGCCGUCAUUGGAUUCACGGUCGCACAGAUGAAGGGCGAGAUUGUAGAGGAAGCAAAGGAGCAACGUGGACGUGGCGACAAGGCGUGA